GUCCCUUCGGGGCAGCUGUCGGUGCCAGUGGCGAAUGGGGUGCUGCUCGUGGCAGAGUGACCUGCCGCCGCCGGAGGAGCGGCUCUGGAGGCGGCGUCACGGCCUCCAGCUGCCGCUGCACCCGCAGCAGGUGCUCGGCUGGGCUGUCCUCACUGCCCUUGCCGGGGUCACCUUCGGACUGCUGCUGCCAGCGCUCAGGGACGACCUCCGAGCGUUUGUCACGCCUGUCAUGGCGGUGCUGUUUGGUCUUCACGCCGUCUCCCACCUCGUCGCCAUGCUCACCGACCCUGCCGAGGAGGCACUCAGGGUCGGCGGAUACUCCGUCAAGGGCGAGUUUGACCGGCGGCGCCACUUGCACGUAAUCGAGGACGGCCGCUGCCACCUGUGCAGCAUCACGGUGAGCAGCGUCCGCAGCAAGCACUGCAGCGCCUGCAACAAGUGCGUGUCCGUGUUCGACCACCACUGCAAGUGGCUGAACCACUGCGUCGGCGGCCGCAACUACCGCUCUUUCCUGAUCUGCGUCCUGUGCUCGGGGUUGGCCAGCCUGCUGAUCGCCCUGCUCGCCCUUUGGCAACUCGUCUCCUUCUUCCACUUCCCCCACCUCCUCUCCUCGCCCAUCAGGGAGAGACUCGUCUUCUCCAUGGUGCUCGUCGUCGUCUCCCUGCUCUCCCUCUCCGUCUCCCUGCUGUUGCUGCACCUGUUCGCCUUCCACGUGUACAUCGCGUACCAGGGCAUUUCCACGUACGAGUUCAUCAGGAACUUCCGGUACCAGGACGAGCCCAGGAACUACCUGAUCCUGCGCAAGAAGUCGCGGUCGGCGUCGUCGGUCAUCAAGUCUCGACUGGAGGUUUGCGUCGAGCGGAGCAAUCGCGUCACCCCGAGUGACGGAAGCAACGGAAGCGUCAACCAGUCCUCCACAAUCUUCACCAUCACAGGAGAGACCAAAAUUUACAGAAGUCCUUGACAAACAUCAAACUGCAAAGGUGUUUUUAAAUAAUUUAAGAAAAAAAUUUCACGAUUAAAAAAUUAUGCUCGGGGUUGAGAAUUUACUUUGCAGUUCUGACUUUAUCUAUUAAAUUUGGUCUACUUGCACAUUAUAGAGUAAUAAUUAUCACCACAGGGAGCCUUUUUAAUUAAUUCAUAUUUCCAAGUCGUUAGGAAAGUAAACCGUAAAUUAUCGUGAUAAGCAGCAGUUCAUGCGCACAUGCAAAUCAGCACUUCAGCUCAUUACCUAGUCCAAUUUUUUCCAGACAUAAACAUGCUCAUAUAUUUUAAUCUAGCAAGAAGCUCGUGUUUUCUCUGUUCGUGCAUAAAUUUCCAACAUGAAAA